AUGUUUACUACCAAGGGUCUUUUUUCGCAAACCAAAUGCCCAAAUCGGGAUAAGUGUCUGAUUCCAAGAUGCAUAUUUUUACAUGAUCAUCGCGUCGACCAAGCAGUAUCAAAUGGGAUAGCACACAUAAAAGCUACUCAAAAAGUCGAUGGAAGUGAUGGUGAUCAAGAUGGGCAACGAAAGCGUCAAAAGAUUGGUUAUGGAGAAAGAAGUACAACUCCAACAACUGAGCCACCGCCUUCAAUACCGACCUUAAACCCGACCAUCACUGCACAGAAAGCAGUUGAUAACAGAGCCGUUUCAACACAAACGUCGAAAUCCACGUCGAUAACUCGACGUGAGAUUUCACCACCACCAUUACGCCGCAAAUCCCAAAAUGGUACCUCUACAGCAUCUACAUCAUCUCUACCAGCUAGUUCAAAUAAUAUAACACCCCAAAAACAAAACGCGCCAGCAACAAGCAAAGUCCAGAAAGUGGUAUCUACUCCGGUCAAGAAGCCCGAGAAGCAAGAACCUCUCAAUCCACGUGCACGCAAAACUGCACCAGCUGUUCAUAAUAUCCGGCUCAGACUUGUUCAAGCUCUACAUGAGCAGUUGAAGCGUCUCAAUUCCGAACUAUCAAAUGAUGCAAAUGGUGAAGAAAAGGAACUUGUAUUUUCGGAUCAAGGAUUGAUCACAAGGGCGUUAGAUAUGGAGGAAGCUGCUUGUGAAACACCUACCAUCUAUUCCAAUGUUGUCAAGAACAAAAUCAUGGUCUACAAGAGAAUGACUGUCGCGCAAUGGAAAGAAGAGAGAGCCAAAGAGAUUGCCAAGGAGAAAGCCUCGAGAGCACCUAUCUCGGAUACGCCAGCCAAGAAACCUGAAGGACCGCCAAAACCAAUCGAGACAGGUCUAACUCCAGAAGAAGAAUUGGCUAUACUCCCAAGACUCUACACUCCCGUAACAGAGUUAUCACAGCACGGAUAUGUCACCAAUGUUCCCACACCUGCAGAGAUUGAAAUGGCGAAGAGCGGUAUGGAAGCAUCUAAAGGCUGGGAAGUUUGUGAUCGUUGCAAGACGCGUUUUCAAGUAUUCCCGGGUCGUCGAGAAGAAGAUGGUAUACUCGCAUCUGGUGGCUGCUGCACAUAUCACUUUGGAAAACAUUAUUGGAAAGAUCGUUCUUCGCUCGACCCCAAAGCCAAACGCGAGAAGAAAUGGCGAUGCUGUGAUCAAAUUAUCGGGGAGACGUCUGGAUGUACCACGGCCGAUCACCACGUCUUCAAAGUGACCGAGGUCAAGCGUCUAGCCGCGGUAUUGAAUUUUGCAAAGACUCCCGAGAAUGAAGCAGACCCGCCCAUUCCUACCCAACCCGUCUGCAUCGAUUGCGAAAUGGGCUACACAGUUCACGGCCUCGAACUCCUUCGUUUGACCGCCACCUCCUGGCCUUCAGGCUCUCCCCUUCUCGACGUUCUCGUCCGUCCUUAUGGCGAAAUCCUCGAUCUCAAUUCCCGCUAUUCAGGCGUCUACCCACAAGAUAUUACAUCCGCCAUCCCCUACUCUUUUCCCGGCUCACAACAAAUCGCCCAAAGCAAAGGAAAACUCCGCAUCGUAGACUCACCUGCCAUCGCCCGCACUCUUCUCUUCUCCUUCCUCACUCCCUCAACUCCAAUCAUCGGCCACGGUCUAGAAAAUGAUUUAAACGCUACCCGAUUCAUUCAUCCAACCAUCAUAGACACGGCUUUAUUGUUCCCCCACAAAGCAGGAUUGCCCUAUCGAAAUGGCCUUAAAAUGCUCAUGCAAACUCUCCUGAAUCGCAAUAUUCAAAUGAUCACUUUUACCGAUGGAAAAGCAGAUGGUCACGACAGUAAAGAAGAUGCAAAUGCGGCAGGCGACCUGGUUCGAUUCCGAGUGGGCAAAGAGUGGGAAAAGAUGCAGAGAGCAGGAUGGAAGUUGAAUAAUGGAAUCUUCGAACCCCCUGAAAAUAACGCGGAUGCAAUGAGUGGAAAGUGGUGGUUGGGAGAGAAGGCAUUUGGAGAAAAUAAUGCAAAUGCGGAGGGCGAGGAUAAAGCAGAUCUGCAGCACAUGAACGAAGAGAAUAUCGUAGUAGGUGUCUCUGCGGGUUCAAAGAGACGUAGAGAGGAGAUGGAAGAAUAA